AUGAUGUGUUUUAAAUUUCUAAAGAGUCUUUGCUUGCAGAUUGAUUCUUUGUUGGCCAAAUUCUGUUGGGGUAACAGAGGUGCCUCUAGUAUCCAUUGGAAGAGUUGGUCUUCUUUGGAUUUACCUAAAUCUCAAGGAGGGAUGGGAUUUCGUAAUCUUCAGAACUUCAAUCAGGCUUUAUUAGCAAAGCAAUGUUGGAGGAUGUUGAUGAAUCCUUCAGCUCUCUGGAUUCAAUUACUUAAGGCUCGGUAUUUUCCGACGGAUAGUUUUUUUUUACAAGCUCGGAGGGGUUCAUCUCCUUCUUGGAUUUGGAAAAGUCUCCUGUUUGGUCGUGACCUUUUGGUUCCUAAGAUUGCUUAUCAAGUUGGAAAUGGUGGUGAUGUUCCUAUCUGGAAUACUAAUUGGUUUCCCCAGGUCACUGAAGCUUUGGUGUUGUGUCUGGGAGUUCAAUUAGCUAUCCUGUUACCAGAUACUCACUUUGUGUUCGAAUCAGACUCUUUCCAACUGGUUAGACUUUUGUUGGAUCAUUCCUUGAUUGCAGACUGA